CGUGAACUAAAUAUCGAUUCAUAGUAAGUUUACUUCCUAUUUUAUUCUUCUAUCACACCAUUUUAUGACAUAUUCCCUCCGAUAGUGAACCUAAUUUACGUACAACUACGGUCUCUUGUGUUGCACUGAGCACCUAAAGACAAUAAGGAAAGACUAACACUUGAUUACACUUAGCAACAACACCAGCGCAACUACCCGGGAACUCGAAAAUGAGCUAUCCAAGGUCAAGUAUGAGCUGGAAAUGGCACAAGAUCAGGUAGCAGGAUUACAAGCAUCACUGGCUGAAAUGGAAGUGCGAUGUACAAGAGCUGAAUCCGAGGCAGCAGCUUCCGCUUCUCGGGAAAUUGCCGCGGAUGCUAGGUUGGAACAAUACCAAGCCGAAGCAUCGGCUUUGCGUGCGGAGAAGCAGCGUUGGGAGCGAGCUCUCAAGCGAGAAUCAGUCUUGCAAAUGAUGGAAGGUGGUAGCGACAGCUUCAAGGCCAAAUACGAACAGCAGCUGGAAGAAAUGCGACAAGAGUACGAGGCAGAGUUGCAGGAGCAGCGUGCACUGCUUGCCAAGACCACACGGGCACAGCAACAUGUUGAGGCGGACCGCGACAAGAUGUCGUCUGUCUGUAAGGAUUUAGAAGAUCUGAUUCGGGACAAGUCCCGUACCAUCGAUGCACGUGAUAUUCGCAUCAAUCAAAUCGAAGACGAACUCAAGCAGCUCCGACAACAAGGCAGAUCGAUGCUCAACAACGAGGAACUGAGCAAGGCACAAAAGGCGUUUACGGAGCGAGAAGAAGCGUGGCUGGCGCAGAGUGCAUCUAUGGAGACCAACUUUGAAGGCAUUAUGAAGGAGUUCGAGCGUCUGACUAUGUCCGCCAUGGAGUUCGAGACGGAUCGUAUGAAGUAUGAGCAGCGGAUCGAACAGCACUCACGUGAUAUCGAGCGAUUGGAAGCCGAAUUGACGGAAGAAAAGAUCAAUAAGCUGGGUUACGACGCCAAGGAAGGGCCGACGACAGCGUCGCUACGCAAGGAGUUCCGUCAACUAGUGAAUGACAUGAAAUCCAAGCAGCAAAAGAUGCUUGAUCGCGAGUUGGAGGAGAGAAAGAGACUGGAAGGGCGGCUCAAGGACAUGAAGCACGAGCUUGAAAGCAAACGCUAUGAGCGAGUAAACCAAAGCGUACAAACGUACUUUGUAGCAUAAUAUAAGAAGCAUCGUUGCAUCGCCUUCCAUAUCUAUUAGUCAUACAGUGUUUUGCAUUGAAGAAUAUGAAAAGUGGAGGGAGGA